GACCAAGUCCACAGCCGAAACACCAGGCUGACGGAAACGAAGACAUCAAGGAACCAGCUUCACCUCACCACCUAGGCUAUCUCGAUAAUUAACAGAUUAUCAACAGAUAAAACUCAAACAUGCGUCUCGCCAAACUUAACCGGUCGAUGUCCCAUAGGAGGGCCAUGUUCAGAAACUUGGUCUCAGCCCUGAUCGAACAUGAGCAAAUUAAGACCACAUAUCCCAAAGCUAAAGCGAUAUCAAGAUUGGCCGAACGAGUCAUUACCUGGUCCAAGUAUGGCACCGAGAACAUUUUUUAUCAGCGGAAAGCUGAGUCUUACCUUAUGAAUUGGGUUCAAGUACGAAAACACCUUUUUCACAAUCUGGCAAAGCGAUAUGAGACUCGAUGUGGUGGAUAUACCAGGAUUCACCGCGUAGGAUAUCGAGCGAACGAUCAUGCGCCUUUGGCAAUAAUAGAACUCGUCGACAACGCUCGUGACUUGAAACGUGAUAAAGUAAUACGAACAAUAUCAAGAGAGCUUGCACAACUCGAGCUUUCACAAAAGCCUACGUAUUCCAACCCAUCUUCUCCUAGCAGUAUCAAAGCAAAAAUCCCAGCGGCCGUUUGGCGAAACGUUCCUUGCAAAUCCGAAGCCCAAGCGAAACAAGCCAUCGAAGAAUUCCAGCGUCUGCUACCUGAGAUGACCAAAAAGAAUAUGAAGAAAGUCUUGAGUGAACAGUACGUUCAAGCUUAUCAAUACUGCCAACCCCCUCAGAUCCCAACCAAGGAAGAAGCCUUGAUCGAAGCCGCUCAAGCCAAACGGUUACGGCGAGACUUACUUCGCAAAGCCGCCGAGAGUAUCGACUCAUCAUCAACCGCAUCUAACGACCCUGCCGCACCCACAACCGUAUCUCUCAUCAACCGCACCCCAACCCCGAAGACCAAAAUCGGAAACUUUGCACACGUCAAAGGCAUCCCUCGCCCACUUGGGCCAUACACGGAUUUCCUCUAUCACAUCAGAUUGCAUUUCCAUCGGAAUCUCGCCUUACUGGAUCCGAAUAAAUUGGCCGGUCGUCUCAACAAAGGCUUUGCAACCCCUCAACCCAACCUUGAAGAAUCGAAGAUCCUCGACCAAAUACCAUCGUUUGAAAACGCUUAAACGGGGGGAAGAAAUAUGAUAUCUUCAUUUUCUGGACCACCGAUUGGACUCUCAAAUUUUGUGACGGGAGUUUACAGUUUUUAACGCCUGUUUUCCUUUAGACCAAUCGCACGAAUCCUUAAAUAUGAAAAGCAGACAGCCACAUGUCGUUGUAUUUCCGUCUUUAUAUAUAUUUUUUGGCUUUCGCCCCAAUCUAAAUGAACUUAUCUAAAAAAUUUCAAGGGUG